AUGAAGCUCGCGUUGGCGCUGUGUCUGGCCUCGGCGGCCGUGGCCUCGGCCAUGUCCUGCGAGGAUAUGACGGUCCCCGUGUCCAUCAGCGCUCGCAACGGCGUCUUCAACCUGCCGCCUCCCGCGUCCGAAAUUGACGUCACCAACCUCUUCCUCGGCCUCAGCCGGCCGGGCAACAACCAGACUGCCGACCUCCUCCAGGGUUACGAGACCGUAUCGGGCAGCUACCGACUCGCCGCCACCUACUGCCAGCCCGACGACGGCCCCGGCCACACGCUGCAGAUCCUCACGCACGGCGUCGGCUUCGACCGGAGCUACUGGCACUUCCCCUUCAACGACUACAACUACAGCUACGUCGCCGAGGCCGUCGCCGCGGGCUACUCGACGCUCUCGUGGGACCGUCUCGGCAUCGGCCGCUCGUCCCACGGCGGCCCCGUCAACGAGAUCCAGCUCUUCCUCGAGGUGGCCGCCCUCGAGGCCCUCACCCGGCUGGCCCGCAACGGGUCCCUCUGGGACGAGCCGCGCCGCUUCAACAGGACCGUCCACCUGGGCCACUCGUUUGGCUCCGCCAUGACCUACAGCCUGUCGGCCAUGCGUCCCGACGUGACCGACGCCAUCGUCCUCACCGGCUUCAGCCAGGUUCCCCAGUUCAUGCCCUACUUUGCGCUGGGGGGGCACUUCUCACCCGUAAAGAACAUUGACCUGCUGGCCCGCCACUACGCCGAGGGGUACAUUGCGCCCAAGGACAGCAUCGGCGUCCACAUCAACUUCUUCGGGCCCGGCGACUUUGACCCCGAGAUUCUCGACGCCGCCACCAAGACUGGCCAGCCCGCCGCCGUGGGCGAGCUGCUGACCGUCGGCUCUACCCCUGCGACGAGCAAUUUUGCCGGCCCCGUCAUGAUCAUCACAGGAGACGGCGACGUCCCCUUUUGCGGCGGCAACUGCAUGAACACGGCGGCCAUUCACGGCUCCUCGCCCAACCUGAUCGACUACUCGCGGAAGAGCUUCAAGAGUGCCUCCGUCUUCAAAGCCACCAUUGUCCCCGGCGCCGGCCACAACCUCAACUACGCCUACUCCGCCCACCAGACGUACCGCUCCAUCCUUGACUUUAUCGACGCGAAUACCCGUCGCUGA